AUGGAGGAUUGGUACGGCGAGGGGGGGAAAGCGGCGACACGUGUGGCCGACGAGGCGAUUUGCCUCUACAUCGCGGGGACGCGCACGUCGGAGCGUCAGUGCGAGCACCCCCUCUUCCUCAACAUGCUGCGCGCCGUUGCUGCCGCUGGAAACACCUACGUCCCCCCCAAGCGUGACUACGUUGGCGGCAUCGGGCUGCAGGAGUGCAAGCGGCGGAUUGAAGCGGGAUUGGAGCCCAUUACGAAGACUUGGAAGGAGACCGGCGUGUCGAUUGCGAGCGAUAUGAUGCGGGAUAAGAGCGGGCGCGCGCAGAUGAAUAUCAUUUGUAUCAACGACAGCGGCGCGCCGAUCAUCGAGAAGAUUGGGCCGCAGCACGUCGUCGCUUUUUGCACGGACGGCGACAGCAACUACGUGUCCGCCGGCAAGCUGCUGCAGAAGAUAUACCCGCAUCUCGAGAUCGUCCCCUGCGCCACUCAUGUGCUCGACUUGCUGAUGGAGGACAUCGGCAAGAUGGAUUGGGCGCAGGAGGUUGUCCCGGUUGCGAACGACAUCAUCUCGUUCGUGCGCAGCCACACGUGGACGCGUGCCUUCUUGCAGUGUCCCGAGCUGCACGGCGAGGAGAGGUCGCUGCAGCCGCUGCGACCGGCGGGCACGCGUUUUGGGACAAACUUCAUCGCUGUGUCUCGGCUGCUCCAGAUUUGUUCGCGGCUGACGCAGAUGGUGACGCACAAGGACUGGGAGGAGAAGGGAGGUAGCACGCUGACUGGAAAGACAUUUGCGGCGUCAGUGUUGGAUGUGAAGUGGUGGAAGAAGGCAGAGACAUUUGUGAAGAUGAUGGAGCUGCCUUACAAGGCGAUGAGGCGGACUGAUGGGGAGGCGAAGGGGAGGAUGGGUGAGUUGUACGACAUCAUGCUGCAGCUGACGGAGGACUUGCGGGAGCUGUUGGAGAAGGAUGAUUCUGGGCUCUAG